UACGUGGAGCACUUGAAGGCAGCGUCAGUGUCGGGGCUCUGUGGAUUGAGGACGUAGCACAGACACAGCUUCAUCUACUUCAGGCUACUGACGCUUUGAGCCACAGUGGGUUGUUUACCAGCCUUUGCUUUAUUUUAACAAAAGCAAUAAUGGAAGGAAACGUUUGCAACAUCCAGGUGCUUCUUCGGGCUGCAGAGUUUCUGGAGAGAAGAGAGCGAGAGGCAGAACAUGGAUAUGCUUCACUCCUGCCUCUCAGUCCAGGUCAGUCUGAUAAGAGGAGCAAACAGAAGAGCAAGAAGAUAUCUGCUGGAGGCAAUAGGUCUGUUCACAAUGAGCUGGAGAAAAACAGACGAGCUCAGCUGAGGCACUGCCUGGAGCAACUCAAGAAACAAGUCCCUCUCUCAUCUGAUUCAAUGAGGAACACCACCCUCAACUUGCUGAGACGAGCCCAGCUUCACAUAAAGAAGCUGCAGGAGCAGGACGAGCGUGCGGAGCAGGUGAAGGGCCGCCUGCGCUGGGAGCAGAGAGAGCUGCGGGUUCGGCUCGAGCAGCUGCAGAGAGGCACGGAGAGGAUGAGGAACAACAGUCAGGGGUCGACCAUGUCGUCCGAGAGGUCGGACUCCGACAGAGAGGACGUGGAGGUUGAUGUGGAGAGCAUCGUGUUUGACUGUGUGGACUCUGACGGACUGAGCAUUACACACACUGAAGCAGACCACUGUUAUUCCAGCAUGGACAAAGCCUGGCUAUGACAACAGUAAACCUACAGUAACUGGCUUAAUGUUGCCGGGUGGAAAGGAAGAGGAGAAAAACACAUUCCAAAAAACAAGCAAAUGGAGGAUGAGGGACAAUGGCAAAAGAUGUUACUGUGCAACUGAACACUUUUUUGUUUGUUUUUUUUAAAGGAAGGAGUAACUUUUGACAUUCUCCUUUCAAAUCAUGUCAGACUACAAGCUAAACAAAUUUUGUUGGUUAUGAAUGAGCUGUGUCCAUUUGCACUGAAUAGCAGUUAAAAUCACUGGGCUGGGAUGGAUGUAACAUUGCGCAUAUAUUUUUUUGGCAUCAACCAUUAAUGACUUUUUUUUUCCAAAGCCAUGUAGGUGUCUGUAACUUAACUUACAAUGAUUGAAACAGUUCUUCAUCUUUAAGGGCUUUUCUAAAUCCAAAUAAGGGCUUUUUAUUCAAAACUCUUAACUUAUUCUUUACUGCAGUAUAUGUCUAUACUGAAUUCUGCCUUAAAUCAGAUUUGGUCUAGUGCUCUAUACAGCUUCUCUUUAGCACUAAGUUUAUAUUUCAGUUAUGUCACGUGUAGCAUGCACUUAAACAUUAAUCUGUGCUAUGUUUUGUAUUAUGUUAAGUACAGUCAUGUAUUUUGUUCUUUUUCUUCUGUUGCACAAAACAACCACACGUUGCACUUGUUUUAUCUCAAAAAGAUUGUGGGUAUGUCAUAACGAAAACAGUGAAGAGAAAUUAACCGGUCAUAUUUGCACAUUGAUAUCUGGCAGUUAUGCAACUGUGCCAAAUAUUAAUUUGGUUAUUUGUACACAAUUCAGUCUGUGAUUAAGUGCGAGACUUUUGAUGCCUGCAUGAAAGCUAAAGUGUGAGAGCAUAAAGGGGGGCUCCUUGCACACAUCUAAUGACAGUUACAGUUGUAAUCACUGCUAGUAUUAACUGACGUGUUCCUUAGCAGUGUCCAUUAUCACAACUGUACACUUGUUACUUGUGCAUUUGUCAGUUAAAAUGUUAAUUUUGCAUGCGAGAAGUUCACCAGUCAGGCAGGUAAUGUCAACUUGUAAUGAUUAUGCAAUUACUGCUGUAUUACAAGUAUCUAUUCUAUUCAUUGCUAUAUAUUUAAUAACUGAAGGUGCUUUUUGCCUUCACUGUUGCAUAUGCAAGAUGCCUUAUUACCUUUUAAUAGUAAGUAUGCAUUCAUCUGUCUCUCCGCCCAGUAAUAUUAUGUAGCAUUUUGUACUGGUGUAAUCUUUUUUUUAUGAAUAAAUAUUUUCUAUAUUUACGUGCGGUUUAUGGUUAUUUUACAAGACCUAUUGAUUUGAAACUCUGGCUCUUUUCUUUCCCAUCUUAUUAAUCCUCUAGCGACUCCUUGUGAGUGUCCUGUUCCCAUGGUUGUGAACCAUUGGUGUAAAUACACAGAGAUAAUACUUAUCAUGCAAAGUAAUCAGCAUGAUGGUUACAAAUAACCUGUCCAUUUAUUGACAAGCUGAUAUUUCAUUGAUACAGUAAGAGCACAUUGUUGCAUGGGUUGUUAUCAGACUUAGGCUGAAUGUACAAUACAAGAUGUCAUUUUUGCCUCCAUACACACAUUUUAAACAUAAGCAAAGACACUGAGAUCCAUUGCAACCAGAUGGUGCCACAAAGUAUCAGGCUAUGACGGCCAACAGUACGGACCCUUCAGUCAGUGAACUUCAACUUGAAGCAGUCAGCCUAAGUAGGACAAUUAAGGUGUGUCUGGGUGAACUGAAUUAAAAAAAAUAACAUGAUUUUGAUUGCAACUAAACAACUGAACUAAAUCAAACACAUGAAUUGAUUAGUUGAUGAAUCAGAUAUUCUGUGGUGUGUUAAUCUUAGUUUACAACACU